CACUCACUAGCGAGCACGAGAGAGAGAGAGAAAAAGGCUUUAAAGAAAGCGAGCUCGCAGCAGAUCGACCGGGAGAGAUCACAAGCUGAGAGCUCUGAGCUCACCUCACCCAAGCUCCAAAUCCUUCCUCUCCUCUCGCCGACACGCACGCCCACCCAGCUUCAUCGGAUCCGGCACGCGGCGACAAUGGCGGCGACGACGACGAUCCCCGCGCGGCCGCUGCUGGCCGCCGUGCUGGCGGCGCUCCUCCUCUCCGCCGCCUCGGCCGCCGACAGCAAAAAUAACCCUGCCGACCAGCUUGUGGCAUUGAUCAACAGCAACCGCACUGCCAGCAAGGCAUCUACUCUUGAUGAUAACCAAGGCCUAGGAUGCAUUGCUCUGCAGUACAUUAAAGCAUACGAGGGUCAGUGCAACCAAGUCGGUGAAAGCAAGAAGCCUCCGGAGACCAGCUUCGCUGAAACAUUUGCCCCAAAUUGUGGCGUCCAAGCUGCAACACUCACCAAGAUCACCGGGAGGCUUCUGGCUUGCCAGUCUAACUAUGCGACCCCAGACCAGGCGUUCAACUUCCUGGUUAAUGAUGCGAAGAGCAUUCAGGUACUGCACAGCAAGAACCACACGGAGGUGGGAGCAGCUGUCAGUGGCACUUCUGGCGGCGGGCCGUACUUCUGGUGUGUCUUGUUCAGCAGCGGGAAGCCAACCACCAGCUUCAAGGUAGAUGGUGGAGUGCCCAAGUCUGUCCGUCCAGGAUGCUUCAGUGGCAACAACGACGAUUGCAUGGGUGCCAAUGCUGCAGUUUCGAUCGGUGCAGGUACAUGGAGACUGGUGGCUGCACUACUUUUCUCCGCGGCUUGUGUUUUCGCUUUGUGAGUUUGAGUAGAAAUGUGUUGUUGCACCAUUCUUUUGCUCGUCUUGGACCUGGUUUGGAAUUUUGCUUCUGAAAACCAGUAGAACACUCUUGUUGCUGCCGCACUGUUCUUUUCCUUUCUUAGCAGCUGAACUCUGUCAGGAUUAAAGAGCAUUGUUUUCUGCACUUAUAGAUGAUGAAUUACCUGUGCAGGCUGUUCAUCUGUUGUAUUUAUAGUAUUUAUCUAUUCAAAUGUACUCUUUGGAAAAUAAUUGUGAUUGUAAGAUCCUUUUGAUCACUCGUCUAUUCCCAUCGGAUGCGCUUUCUGCAGCAA